AUAGAAUGUUGGUCUAACAGCAAUAAAGAUAAAUGCCGAUGACACCGCUUCCGAGUAAUGCAAGAAAAGUUAUUGAAAACUUUAGUUAUGCACUAACAGAUGCAAUUGGAAAGGGUUUCAGUUCAAUAGUGUAUCGGGGUAGAAAUGAUGAAACAAAUGAGACUGUUGCUAUAAAAGUUAUUGAUAAAAAGGGACUUAAGACACCAUUGCAUUACUAACUUUUGACAUCAGAAGUGGAAGCAUUAUCUUAAUUAAACUCUAAUAAUAUUAUGAGAUUAUAUAAAGUUUAUUACACUGAGAAUAAUACUUAUCUAAUAACUGAAUUCUGCGAUUCAGGUGAUUUGGGAUGUCUAAUAAGUAAAUAAGGAGCAUAGAAGGAAGGAUAAUUAUAAAAAUUAUUUUAAGGAAUAAUAUAAGGGUAUAAAUAGAUGAAAUAAAAGGGUAAAUAUAAAUUUAUAUAGUAUAGGUAUUGUACAUAGAGAUUUGAAACCAGCAAAUAUAUUAUUAAAAGGAUAAGUUCCAAAAAUAGCAGAUUUUGGAUUUGCAACAACUCCAUAGACAGUAUCGACAAUGCCAAAUGUAAAUGUAGGAUCACCAUUAUAUAUGAGUCCAUAGGCAUUUAAAAAUAGAUAUUCUGAGAAAUCUGAUAUAUGGGCAUUAGGUGUAAGUUUAUUUGAAUUGUUAUUUGGCUAAGUUCCAUGGUAAGCUGGAAGUGAAAGAGAAUUAGCUUAAAAGAUGGCAACAGUGCCUGUAUAUUUUCCAGGACAUUUAUCUGAUGAAUGCAGAGACUUUAUUUAGAGAUGUUUAAUUGUAGAUGAUAAUAGAAGAGCUACAGUUGAAGAAUUAGAAAGACAUCAAUGGUUAUAAAAAUAAGAAUUAUAAGUUAUUAAAGGAAAUGGUUUCUCAAGUAUGUUUAGAGGUAGUCAUGGUUGUCAACCAAAUUAAUUAUAAUUUCAUAAUAUUCAUAGCAAUGCUUGUUUAAAUACAACAUCUCCUUUAGGGGAAGCAUAAAAUAAAUAAUUAAUCUAAAUGUAACCUAGAGAAAGUAAUUAUGGAAAAGAAAAUACUGCUUCCAUUUCUAAAUAACAUCAUACAUCUAUUUAGUAAUAACCUUUAAAAUCAAUUAAAAGAGCACCAGAAUCAAAAAAAGAAUCUUAGGUAAACCAAUCUAUGAAUCAAGAAUAUUCUAGUUAAAGAGAAGAAGAAUGGAAUGAUAAUAAAAAAAAUGACUAUAUUUUAGUAGCUUAAAUGAACUUUUGUAGAUAUUUAUACAGAGUAGCAGCUUUGAUUGAUAAAUAUAGAUUUGUUACUACUCCGUAUUUGAGAGAAAAGUUAUUGUUUUUGGUUAAUAAAAAUAUCAUGAUUAAAAUGAAUAACCUUAAAGAAUUAAUUGAUGGCUAAAAUACUCUUAACUUAGAUAAAUUCUAAUAAUACAUCUAGAAUCCUUAAUUUGGAAAAUUGAGUGCUGCUAUUAAUUAAUAUAAUCAAAAAUAUACGUUAUAAUUUAACACUGUCUGGUUAUCCUUGUAAAAUCCAGAAUAAAAACAAUUAUUAAUAGUCGAUAAAAAGUUUGAUGCUGUAUUUGAUGAUAAUUUUACUGAAUAUGAAUCAUUUUACAUAAUUCUCAACUCUAUUCUUAGAAGUGCUAUAAAAGAAAUAGAAUGUUAACUCGAAUAGAAGAUCACCUUCUAAGAUGCUCAAUAAUUAUUACCAAUAGAUAUUGAAGGAGGUGUAAUAUUGUUAGAUUAUUUGAUAACUUACUUUUAAUUGGCAUCUCUCAUUUAAGAAUGUUUCGAAGAUCAUUAUGGAUUUGCUGUAGAUUCGAAAAUAGAAUAAAUUGCUGAUGGUAAACCUGUGAGAUUGACUUUCGGACACUAUAUUGAAAUCAGAAAUAAAAUAAAAUAACUUGAUAUUUGAUAUAUAUAAAUUUAUAUUGGC